CUGCUCUGGAGUUUUUCCUCCUUCCGUGCGUGUGUGCAUGUGACAUCACAGUUAGGAUUUCCUCCCCCUGACUGGGGUGGAGAGUCUCUUCAACAGGCUAUACAGAGGGAGAAGAAGAGGAGUGAGGGAUAAACGGAAUAGUUUCCACCAGCCACGGAGCUCAGAGCAGACCACCUCCACUCAAAGCGAACCACACCCCGGGGGACAGGGGAGACUGUGGUCCCCUUCCUUGCUCCUCUACCUCCUCCAACAAAGUGUCCAAACUCCUCUUAAGGAAAGGAGGAAUGGACGGUGAAGAGGAGUUUUAGUCCGGCUGACAAGAUGAAGUUCGGGAAGAGCAUCUGCGUACUCAACGUAGGGGGAACCCGGUACGCCUUCACCCGUGAGGUGAUCAGGGAUUUCCCUCUCCGGCGCGUCAGCCGCCUGCAUGCCUGCGCAACCGAAAAAGAGGUUCUUGAACUGUGCGACGACUACGACCGGGACCGCAAUGAGUUUUUCUUCGACCGCCACGCACAGGCUUUCGUGUUCAUCAUGCUGUACGUGCGCUCCGGUAAACUCCGCUUUGUGCCCGGAGUGUGUGAGCUGUCCUUCUACACGGAGAUGCUCUACUGGGGACUGGAGAGUGCGCACUUGGACUCCUGCUGCCAGAAACGCCUGGACGACAGGAUGUCCGAGGUCGGAAUGGACAGUCUAUCCGAGGAGGACAUAGGAGUGUCGGGGGAUGAGCCUCAGAGCCCGGGCGAGCCGGUGCAACGGACUGCGCUCACGGGUCGCGCCAAAUGGCUGGAGAUGCUGCGCAAAGCUUUUGAAGAGCCCAACUCUUCUCUUUUGGCACAGCUGCUGGCUUCAGUGUCGGUGCUCUUUGUGAUUGUUUCUAUGGUUAUGCUGUGUGCUAGCACCCUGCCGGACUGGAAUACAGCCAAGAAAAACACUGUGGAUGAGCACAGGAUAGUGGAGGCCGUGUGUAUUGGCUGGUUUACAGCAGAGUGCAUAGUGCGCUUUCUGGUAGCCAAAAACAAGUGGGAAUUCCUCCGCCGGCCGCUGAACAUCAUCGAUGUGAUUGCCAUCACCCCCUACUAUGUUACCAUGGUGCUGGCUCGGGCAGGGAUGCCCGGUGCUGGGCUCGGGGUUGCUGGAGUGAUACUGCGCGUGCUGAGGAUGAUGCGAGUGUUCUGGCUCAUGAAGCUGGCCAGACACUUCCUGGGCCUGCAGACACUGGGCCUGACGCUCACACGCUGCUACCGGGAGAUGGUCAUGCUGAUGGUGUUUGUCUGCGUAGCCAUGGCGAUAUACAGUGCCCUGGCACAGCUCUUGGAGCACGGCUUGGACUUGGGGACUCAGAAUCCGGAUUAUGCCAGCAUCCCAGCCGCCGCCUGGUGGGUCAUCAUUUCCAUGACGACGGUAGGGUAUGGGGAUGUGUACCCUGUGACAAUUGGGGGAAGGGUGCUUGGAGGGAUGUGUGUGGUGAGCGGCAUUGUCCUCUUGGCACUUCCCAUCACGUUCAUCUACCACAGUUUUGUACAGUGCUACCAUGAACUCAAACUCCGCUCUGCCAGGUACGCACGCAGCCUGUCAUCAGAGGUACUGCAAUGACCAAAACACCUGUGGGAGAAACUCAACAAACCAGUGGAGCUGCUGAUCCCAUUGUGAAAUAAUGAUCAUCUUCACGCCCUGACCUGUUUCCUGCCUGAGCUGCAACUGAUUUUAUUUGGCCUCUUUACAUAGUUCCUGCCUGUAGUGGUGAUGAUCAUAAGUCUUCAUCCAGCAUGCUCCACUUUCGCUGGAGAAUAAAAAAUAUAAUUAUUUAUUCAACACACACAGGCAGUCCAGUUUUGACAGUAGCUUCUGUUUACAUUGUAUCCCCAUGGAUACAACAUUGGCGGAGAUGGCUGCUUUUUUUGUAUGCUGCAUCGUGUGUGUGUGUGUGUGUGUGUGUGUGUGUGUGUUUGUCUGGCCAUCAGCCUUUCACUUUGUCUAAGCUUUGCACCCAGAUGGUACAAGUUACACAAGAUUGAUAUGCGACCUAGAUGCAUUCUGUUAAACCUGUGAAACAUAGAAAAGGAAUGAACAAGUGGGUGCAAAGUGGGGAUGGAAAAAAGGGGGUAACGCAGGGGGCUUAGUGUGUAGCCAUGGAUAAUGAAAUAUGGAGACGGGUCAGCGAGGACUACAAGGUGGCAGACAGAUAAAAGGGUGACAGAUAUGUCAGGGCAGAUGGAGUGGGAGAAAUGAUAGAUAAAAGAUUAUAAGCACAAAAAUGACAACGAUGGCUGAAGCACAAAGUAUGAAUAGACGGCGUUGCUUCUCCAUUUGCGGGUGAAUGUAAGGCAUUUUGUGUUUCUGAGUCUCCAAGGCAACCUCAUCCUCCAACAUGUCAAUCAUAAUGGUGGGUGAUUUGUGUGCACACAAAUAGGCCACAUCCACACACACACACACACACACACACACACACACAUUCCUCCUGGCUUGGAAAGCAGCAUUUUUAUUUUGCUAUUGUUGAGAAAAAUACUUGAAAUACUUAAGAAAUAAAUAAAUAAGAGAGGAGGAAUAAAAGAGCCGUAGAGGACGACACAGAUGAUGGUUCUGACAUUCAUGAUUCACACAUGAUCGCCUCGUCUAUACUUUGCCAAGACGAUAAGAUUUAUUGAAAAGACACAUGAUGCAAACAAACAAGUCAACACCUCUCCCACACAACAGUCUUUCUCUGCGUCUCCUCUCCUCUUCCUCCUGUUGCCAUCAACCAUCGUCUUUUUACACACACAUCCACACACACGCCCUUGCUCUUCUGUUGCAAAGGAAAUUAAACAAUUAAUGACUCUGUUUGUUAUCUGUCUGUCCUUGAAUGUGAAGUCUACAUUUGGUAUUUCCUUAUUACAGCCUGUAUGAGUUCAGUAUGUAUUGUAGACAGUACAUAUCUCAAUAGCCUUGUUGCUGUUUUAUCAACGUGCUUUUUUAAGUAAAAAUGAAACACAUCACCGCCUGCAACAUCCUAAUUUUCAACUCAUGUGACAUAGCUUAGAGCUACAGUGAAUUUUGGCCGGGCCUGAUUGAAACCAUCAGUCAAAACUUUUUCAUCAGUAAACUAUGGACUUGUAAUUAAUGUGAUCAAUGUUCAAGCUUUUAUAAUAAAAUUACAAAAUGUC